AUUUUGUAAAUAAUUGUUAUGACUUAAUUUCAAAAAGUUUGUUAUUUCCUCACCCUCAUUUUUAUUUUUUUAAAAAAAAACAUCUACAAUACAUACACUAAAAUACAGAAGGAAAAACCUUAGUUACAUCUGUGUAUAACUAAAUGAAAUCUGUUUAGAUGGGCAUGCUUUUAGUUGCCCCAGUAAAUAAAACUAAACUAUUUGUAUGCUAUUUAUUCUAUGUAGAUUACUAGAUUUUUCAUUUAAAACAUUUUGUCAAGAUAUCCAUUUGCUUCUUUUGCUUCCAAAGUCAUUUUUGAAGAUAAAACUUUUUCCAGUUUCUACCCCAUAUUAUUUUAAUGGCAGUAAAUUGAUAAACAACGUUUUGCAGCCCUUAUGGAUAUAGCAAAACUUAAUACAAAAUUAAGUUGACAUGGAUUUUUUUUUAGAAAAUUGAUUUCUGUGUUUAUCAGAAGGCAAAUAAUUUCAAAUACAAAUAUCCAAAAAAAGCAACAUACCAGAAUCCAUCUUACCUCAUUUAAACAUUAUUGAUUAAAGUUAUAACUAUUCCUUUACACCAGGGGUCCCCAAUCUUUCUAGAUUGGCGGCCCGUUGGGAAAGGGAGGGGCAGGCACCUUUAUGUGUACAUGUGUACAUGCUAAUAUGGCUGCUCAUGCGCACAAAAGUGGCCAUGAACAUAUGCACUCCACAAAUGGGGCUGCUAGUGCUGGUGCAAGGCUCACAGCUUGGCUAGUGCUGGCGCAAAGGAGGGUGAGUAUGUGCACAUGCACGCACGUACUGUCCAGCCACUCACGUGGUCCGGUGGCCAAGAGGCCAUGGCCUGGUAGUGGGCUGCAGCCCAUAGGUUGGGGACCUCUGUUUUACACAAUGGCCUUUGAGCAACAUAAUCUAUUCAAGAAAGACAAAAUUACUUGAGAAAUUUCUAAAGGUGAACUGAAAUGUAUUUGAAAGCAGUAAGAUUGUGUAUCAGUUUCAAAAGUGUUUUAGAGGUUAAUCUACUUUGGACUUGAAACUUUGCAGGCUGAGGAGGAAGUGGCUAAAACAUGCCCUUGGAUAACCUUAUACUUACAACAUCCCAUUUCAAUGCUUUUUUAAAUUAAAUAAAUUUAGACAAUUAAAACUGGUAGUAAUCCCAAAACACUUUUAAAAUGAAAUAUUUCAGUUAUGUAAUAACAAGGUGUAGUAAAUAAUAAAAAGAAUGUAUUUAGCUUUUUGGAAGACUGUAUGAAUUGAUUUUGAGAAGAGAUCCUGCUUGAUGGGGGAGAGGCAGGUUAGGAUACUCGUAGCACAAAACAUUUUGGAUACAUCAUGCCCAAAUGUACCAUAUAAUUAAAACCUGUAUUCUAUGCAGACAGUCUGAUGCAGUGGCUGGUAUCUUCUCUGCCUUUAAAUAUUGUUAUAUUUCUUAAAUGCUGCUAAAAUUGUAAUGCAUUGUUAUUCUCAUUGCUGAUGGAGAGCCAGGUUUGGAAGCACUGACUUUCUAAGCCCAUCAGGAGAUGAAGACAGUGAUUGUAUAUUACAAGUUUCUUUUUCACCUUUUUCAUAUUUCUAAGGCUGCUCAACCCCUUGGCUUUCGAUGAUAUGUCAGAUAAAAACAAGUAUAUCAAACAACAACAGCAGAAAAAGAAAGUCAUUCUUGUGGAGUAAACAGCCACUAAAAAACUGUAACAUCCCACUCUAGCUCAGAGCCUGGAGAAAAAGCUUGGUUUCUAAAAGCAUAGCUAAAUGACUAAGGACUAUUCAUUUAAGUAUGCCUUAAAGUCACUAAAGAGUAAAGACUAUGACAGCAAAGGCACAUCUCCUUGUUCCCAUCAGAUGACAUUGCAAAAUUUUGUCCAAUCUUACUGAAUGAGUAGAAAUGAGAGAGAGAGAGAGAGAGAGACUGUCCCUCAAAUAGUUAAACUGUAUGCCUCAUAGGUGACAACCAGCACAACUUGAUUUGUGUCUGGAAGCCUAUUGGUAACUAGUACAACUUGCAGUGGAAUGCCACAUUGUGGACUAGCUAUUUCUGAGUUGUCUUCAAGGUUAGGCCCAUUGCACUUGCCCACAUACAGGAUGUGGCAUGAGCCACCAUGUAAGGAACCUCCUCGUCCAGAAAUGAGCUUAAUGAAUCUUACGUAAAUGUCUUAUUGGCCAUAGAUGUUUCUUGGCUGUACUUACCCACUAAUUUUCCACUGAUGUGUAAUUGAUAUGGGGAUGUGCAGCCCAUCACAUGAUACCACAUUAAUGGAAUAUACUGUUAUCAAUCGAUACAACCUUGCUUGAGAAAUUAGAGCUUGACUAAAUAACUGGAAUGCAUAGCGUUUGUUUAAAAUUGUCCUUAUCCAAUGGAAAACGCUUGAGCUGGAGUUUGUUAGUUUUGCAGGACCUAAAAAAGACAAGAUGAACAACCAGAAAGAAAAAAAAAAUCCUAUGUACAUUCUGAUAUUAUUGGGAAUUUGUGGACAGUCCCUUAAAACAGGCAAAAGAGGUUGUUUUUUAAGGAUUCCAGAUGUGAGUCAGAUGCUUAAAAACGAGAGAGGAGGAAGGGAGGAACCCAACUGCUUGAAAAUAAGGAAGCUGUACUUUGUCCGGUUGAAAGCAGAAAAAUACCAUCAUUUUCUCUUGAUGCUAUUUCCUGGCUGAAACAAAAAGACUUAUUCAACUCUACAUUUAGCACACUGGUUGGUUUCAGAGAAUGCAACACAGAUUGCAUAGAUUUUUGCACCCAUUUAUGCUAAAUAAAGACAACAAAGAAAGUGUUCCUUAAUGUCAAAGGAUUUCCUGGGUCAGUAGUAGCAACAGCCACCACCCCAAGGAAAAUGACAAGCAAGAAGUUCAGCCUUCCAGCAAAAUUAAUUAAUGGAGGUAUAGCUGGCCUUGUGGGAGUCACUUGUGUGUUCCCCAUUGAUUUGGCUAAAACCCGUCUCCAGAAUCAGCAAGGACAAGCUGUCUACACAGGCAUGCAGGAUUGUUUGGUGAAGACAAUACGCUCAGAAGGGUUCUUUGGCAUUUAUAGAGGGGCUGCUGUAAACCUCACUCUUGUCACUCCGGAAAAGGCAAUCAAGUUGGCAGCCAAUGAUUUCUUCCGACAGUUGCUCUCCGUGGAUGGAAAAGAAUUAUCCUUGGCCAGGGAAAUGCUGGCUGGCUGUGGAGCUGGGACAUGCCAAGUAGUGGUCACAUCCCCGAUGGAAAUGUUGAAAAUUCAGCUACAGGAUGCCGGGCGGCUAGCUGCUCAUCAGCAGAAGGCUCUAGGACUGGAGGGUACAGCUGCUGCCUCUUCUCAUCCGCUACAAGGACAGCCUUACACCACUGGAACUGAAGCGGUCCCUAAACGACCUUCUGCCACUAGGAUUGCAAGUGAACUGCUGCGCUCCCAGGGUAUAGCAGGCCUGUAUAAAGGGCUUGGGGCCACCCUACUCAGGGAUGUCCCUUUUUCCAUCAUUUAUUUUCCACUCUUUGCCAAUCUUAACAAGUUGGGACAAAAGACCUCUGAAGAAAGAGCAUCUUUUUUUCAUUCGUUUCUGUCCGGCUGUAUGGCGGGAUCUCUGGCUGCAGUUGCAGUAACACCAUUAGAUGUUCUAAAAACUCGCAUCCAAACUCUGCAGAAAGGACUGGGAGAAGAUACCUACAAUGGAAUCAUUGAUUGUGCCAGGAAGAUCUGGAUCCAUGAGGGUCCUUCCGCUUUUAUGAAAGGAGCAGGAUGUCGUGCAUUGGUGAUAGCUCCCCUCUUUGGCAUAGCCCAAGGAGUCUAUUUCAUUGGCAUUGGAGAAUGGAUCAUGCACUUUUUCCAAUAACACCAUCUUGCAAUUGAAGGAGACUCUGGAUUAAAUUUGCACAAAUUCCAAACUGUCACUUGAAAACCAACAGAACCUUCUUGUGAGCAUUUUUGUGGAUCAUAAACCACCAUCCAGGAAGGUGGCCUAGAAGGAAUACCAAUCCCAGUGUUCACCAUUGCUUCUUUUUCUAUUCAGCAGAUGACUUUCAGCAAGCUAGACUACAGAUGUUCUGCUUCUAAAUACACAUAUUCUGGGUAAAUCUUCAUUGGAUUAAUUACAUCUGAUAGAGAAUUCUUUGACUGAAGGCAUAUUUGAAAACCAUAGUAUUUGUAAAAACAACUGAACUAAUAACCAACACAAUAUAAGUAGUUUUCAAGUUACGACCAUAGUGGGGCCUGCCCUUGCUUAAUAACUCCCAUAAUCUGCUUGCCUUGAUGUGGCUAUUAAAUGAAUGUGUGAGUCGUUAAGCUGAGCAAGGGCAAUCUCAGUGGGGGAGACCCAGUGCAGGCCCAGGCCCACCUGCCUUAAGCUUCCCAAGUCUCCCCCACCCUGAGGCAUCCCAUGCUCUGCUUCUUGCUUCUUGGGAUCCCUGCAGGCCUUAGCCUGCUUCUCACCCAGCCACUUACCUAAAGGGACCUAAGAUGGCUACCGACACACAGGGGCUGGGAGACCUUGUAAUCCAAGGCCUUCUUUUCAUUCAGCUACCCAAGGAACUUGCAGGACUCGGCCUGCUACUCAGCCAGCUCCAAGGCCCAGCAGCACCCAAGAGACCUGUUUUUUUGCAGAGGCAGCCCGGCUGAUAUGAUGUGAGGAUCAGCUUUCCUAUAGAAGCUGUCACGAGGCAACCUUGUGCUACAGUAUUCUGCAAGCAGGCACUAUGGUUACGAGCCUAUAGGGGUUCCAUUUUUAAAGGGGCUCCACAAACAGCCUCCAAAAUUAGACCCUCUGUGAAAAAAUGGAGACCGCUACAGGUUUGAGACAAUAGUACGUGCUUUCAGAAAAGCACAAGGUUGCCUCUAUGGUAUUUUUCUUAGGUUUCUCCAAGGAUGCAUCUAAGCCGGGGACGUCAAACUCGCCACAUCACGUGACGUAUUGUGACUUUUCCCCCCUUGCCAGAGCUGGGGUGGGUGUGGCUUCCGCGUGAUGCAUCUGGCCCACGGGCCGGCAGUUUGACACCCCUGAUCUAGGCCAUCAUUGCUACCCCCAGUCAGUUCCUGGCCAAUUGUGGAUGAUAUGAUAUCCCUCUCCCCACCAAAAAGAGGAGCUUUAGGUUAGACUGGAAAUUAGAAAAACGUCCUAUAAGAAAGCAAUGGGAAACCAUUUUGAUAUUGUUGCUGAGAAAAACUAUGUGUUUAUAUUUAUGUGGUUACCAGGAACCACAUUUGACUUGAACAAGUGUUUAUAUUUUUAUGCCUUUCUUUUUAUGAUUGCAUGCAUGGACUUUAUACCUUUUAUUUGCGCCUGGUCCAAAUUGUAUAGUUAGAAGUUUUAGUUGCACAGAUUGCCAUUCCCCAAUAUUAGACACAAAUUCUUCCUGCAGCACUGCCAAUUUUUUUAAAGGACAUUAAAAAUAAACUAAUCCAGAACAUCAAUGCCAUUUUUUUUUGUCUACGAAUGUUUUAAAACAUGCUUAUUUCAAGUUUUCAAACUGGAGUUAUCCCAGAAUUGGGAUCAAAGUUAAGCUUACACCUCAAGCAACCUUUAAAACAGAAAGGACAACUGAUUGGGGGAUAAAACUAGGGUCCAAUCAGUCUCUGUGAAGGAUUGGAUAGGAAAGAAGACUAAUAUUCACUUUGUAGUUAUACAUUAUAACAGACUUUAAAAAAUGAUUUAAAUUCCAUGAAGAGAGAUAUAGAUCAAAAUAUAAGCCCAGUGAUAAGGCUGAAUGCCUGAAAAAUUAAAAACUGUUUCUUCAUAAGAAAAAAAUACUUUAAAGGAAACCUGGGGUUCUCUUCAUUAAAAUUUCUGUCACUAUAUCUGUCAGUCUAUUUUAAAAAUGUAAGAUCCCCCUCAAAAAUAUGUUUCAGAUUUGGAGUAACAUUCAUUUUAUCAGACUCACAAAAUUAAAUUAAGGAAUUUUAAUAUGUAACACCUCAAUUUUUACAAAAUUCAAUAUUUUCUAUAGACAAAAAUUAAAUCCACUUCAGUUAAUUGAAUAACUUGGAAAUUAUUAUCCUAUAUCCACAAGGUUUGGGAGAUAAUUUUUGAUAUUUAUUAUUAAAGUAUAAAAUAUCAGAAUGUAUCAGUAAGUUCAAUACUAUCAAACUUUCCUUCAACUUCAAAAGAUUUCAAAAAGGCAUACCAAAUUUUUCCUGGUCUUACCACAUUCAUGAUUUCUUAUUUUCUGAUUUUCAUUUAAUAACUUUUGGAAACUCUGUACCAAUAUCUCAAAAUAAGUCAGCUUAUUUGCAGCUUAUUGGUUAUCAAUGAGUGCAUAUCUUUAAUUGAAUUGUCUUACUCCUCAGCUUCAGUGCAUGUAGCUUGUAAACCGGUGACAGUUAUUAUCUGAGCAGCAAUCAAUCUUAAAUCUGUCCAAAAAAUUACAGCAAAUUUUGAGAAAUAACCCCAGUCUAUUGAUAGAUGAACCUGCCGAAUUCACUGAGAUAAUCCUGUUAUGGCUCUAUUUAAGACUGAUAAAUUUAAACCCAUUCCUAAUAGCUUACAUUAUGACCUGGUUUGCACAUUUAACCUGGUCUUGUUUUCUUAGUGAUUCUGCCAGAACCCCGACAUCCUAAUUUGAGUUAAGAGGAUUACAUUGUAUUUAGUCUACAUCCAUCUCUCACCUGUUUUCUAUCUAAUAUUUCAGCAUUUAAUUUGAGCUUGUUAGUUUGUAAAAUAUGGAUUCUCCAAAUUUCCAGAAAGCAUCUAAUUAAUCAACAUUUAUCUUCAGAAAUACACCUUUUCCUAAUAUUAAUGUGAAAUUUUUGACUGAGAGGAACUCCAUAUUACUUCUCAGGUUCCCCAAUUCUCUUUCCAUAUCUAACAAACCACAGCUGCCAUGCAUUUGUUUUCAUAAACUGCCUGUGGAUGUAACCCUCUGCCAACUGCUAUAACAAUAAAAAAAAGAUCAAACACAA